UGUUUGCCCACCUAACUCUCUCCAUAAAUCUUUCAUCAUCAAUCUAAAAUCCAACAAAGAUUUUUCCUCUCCAAAUCUAAAUAGAAUCUUUGUCAACCUUAUGCAUGGAAGGCGAAAAUUUCCCUUAUCUUUUCGAGCCUUCUUUUCCUUUGGCCUCGUUGAAUUCGCCAUCCCUUUUAGACCAACCCAUGAACAACUUGCAGUAUGCCUCAGAUUUUGAUUUGUCCAACAUGCUGUCUAGUUCCAUGGUUAAUGGGGGCCAAAACCCGGUUUUUCCAAGUUUAUCGACUACGUCCAGGAACACAAAUGAAGGGGAGAAUGUAAACAAAAAUAAAGCGAAAUCUGGAAGAAAGAAGAAACAUAUUCCACCAAGGGUUGCUUUUCAUACCAGAAGUUCAGAGGACAUUCUUGAUGAUGGAUAUAAAUGGCGAAAAUACGGGCAGAAAGCUGUGAAGAAUAGUGCUCAUCCCAGGUAA